UCGUAUCUUUACACGAAUGGCGGCGUGAGUUUUCACCAAAUGCUAAAUAACUAACAUCAAAUCUUGAAAAUCUUCUUAUAAGCGCAAUUUCUCAAAAACUAGAAAAUUUGUAAAAGUGGAUCGAAAUUUCAAACAUGGAGAGUAUAGACGGAGAGCAUGCGGAAUCCGCCAUUCUCACUAUAGAACAAUUGAUAGACAUCUGUCUCAGUCCUUUUCAUAUCGAUGUGAAUUUACUCCAUGCCCUAUUAAGGAUAAUCGCUACUAAAUUGAAUCUGCAAACGGUUCGCAUUCACCUGGGAUCGCCAGGAAUUUUGGCCGAAAUCAAUAACAUAUUGACGAAGACCAGGGAGACAUUCGAAACUUACAAAAUUAUUGAAGGUGGAUCCAAACGACCAUUUAAGCUCAGCCACUGCAAACUGGAAAAACUGGAGAUCCCACCUGACCCACCAGUCGAAGCAUUAUAUAAACUGGUCCGAAAAGCAGAGGAUUCCAAAGAUUUCCAUAGAGUUACUUUCUUUAAGGACAGUCCUAUUCUGCAGGAUGUCGUUUCUUUGACCAGUAGAGCCCAAGAGACGGGACUAACUUUCGCUGAACUGCUGAACCUAACAAAGAGACUCGAGUGUUGCGAAAUUGGUAUCGAGAAGCUAACACAGUUGUUGCAAAAGUUGAACGUCAACUACAAGGAGCUAGAACGGUCUCUGCAUGAGAUUUCCAGCCUUGAACACGCAGCCGUUAAAUGUCUGGAGGAUUUAGACCGACGAACGAAUUCCUCCACUCAGACCGACAGCAGUCAGCAGAACAAAGCUCAUGAAAGUGGUUCAAAAUCUGCCAAAGAUCAAGAGGCCCGAAAAGAUCUGCAGCGCCUCAGCGAGACGACAGCGGGAGUCAUUGACCAGGUCAAUAACAUGUUCGGAAAAAUGGCAGAUUUCCAAAUAGAUAUGCAGAAGCUACACGAAGAAAAUGAUUUAUUAAAAAAGGCAAUACAAAAGUCAGCAGACAGUGAAAAGCUCGAUUUUUGUUGCAAGGAAAUAUGCUCUCUGCAGAAAAAGAUGGCAAUAAACACUGACAAAAUUGGCGAUUUAGUUAUUUGCUCAAACAAAAACCUUCACAAAUUUAAAGCUGUAAGCGACAAGCUGGGAGAGCUCUCCAAGAUCCGAAUGCUGCAUCAAAAGGUUGCAGAACUGGAAGAAGGUUCCGAAAAACUCUAUUCAGAAUUCGAAACAUUCACGGAACGCUAUGAACAGAUCAAAAUUAUCAAAGCCGAUCGCGAAGAACUCGAUUAUAUUUUUCAAUGCAAGGCAGACAAGGAAGAACUACAAGAGUUCGUCACCUUGGAGUUAUUCAACGCCAUCAGGCACGAUUUAUCGAACGGCAUUGUUCAAGCCUUUGAGAAUAUAAUGGAAACAGAAGUGAAAUGGAAAAAGUCGGAGGAACAACUUCGUGUAAAACUCAACGAAAAGCUGGAUAAAUCGGAGAAAGGUCCACUUGCAAAGAUGAUAAAUGACAAAGUAAACUUCCUUCAAGAGAAAAUGAAUGAGGUUAUGGGACCUCGUUUGGAUGGAAAAUCAGCAGCGGUUCGAACCCGAGCUUUGAAAGAUGCGAAUUGUAUCUGUUGCGCCUCAGAAGUGGACAUUAUAUGCGACAAUCCGCUAGUACCCAAACUUCCCCCUCUCAGGCAAACUCGAAAAAUAUGUCCGGAACCUCCGGAUCUACGAAAACGAUACUGUGGCGGCAGCCAUACUAUUAUCAGUCCACAGAAGAAAAUAGCACAAAGACGGCAAGCACCAAUGCAUGUAGAAGCGGAUAGAGAGCCACCAGAACUGGUAGAGGGGAUAAAUGGAAUGAUGUACCGUGUCAGCAAACCUGAAUGCAUUUGCGGACAUAAACAGCAUUCCAAAGUGUUAUAUCCCAGUGUUAACCGCGAAAGCAUACAGGUUGAAGAAAAACCUCCUGCAGAAGGUGAAAGCCAAAAAGAGGGUGAAUAAACCAGAACCUGAAGGUUGUCUCCAGUUAGAGGUCUUUUGUAACUUUAAUUUUAUAGUCCUAUCAAAUCUUGCACGUGGUAUAAAGACAUUCUAUUUUGUUUUAUCCCAAAUUAAAAAUAUAUAUUUGUAUGUGUAUGAUUGUAAAUAGAUUGUAAAUAGAUUGUUUUAUAUAUAUGAAAGAAGAUUCAUAUGUAGAUAUCAACAAAUUAUAACUCAACCACUAGAAACGUAAUAAGUUGUAACCUCG